UAAACACACACAAACCAGAAAUCAUCUUUGUGCGUGUUUAAUUGUGGACGUUUUCUUCUUCGGGUCUUUCAGUCUGUCAACAGUUUCCGGUGCGUCGCUGCAAAGGGGUUUUCCGGUCACCGUCCAAACACGCAGACAUGCCUCUUGCAAAGGAUCUGUUGCACCCAACCCCCGAGGAGGAGAAGAGGAGGCACAAGAAGAAACGGCUCGUACAGAGUCCCAAUUCGUAUUUUAUGGAUGUCAAAUGUCCAGGUUGCUACAAGAUCACCACAGUGUUCAGUCACGCUCAGACCGUAGUGCUGUGUGUGGGCUGUUCCACCGUCCUCUGUCAGCCAACAGGAGGGAAAGCUCGCCUGACAGAAGGAUGCUCAUUCAGGAGGAAACAGCACUAGUUUGACCAGAGAGGUUGGACACUUGAGAAGAAUGAACAGGACUUGAUGGUUAUGAAGUAACACUGCCAGGGAGCUGAUGCAGCGAACAGGGAGUGAAGAGCUCGAGUUCGAAUCAUGUAGAAUAUGCACAAAAAUGCUUGGCCCCGUUUAGACCCCACCAGCACCACUAUUGCUUUUUCUCUGUUCAUAUACUGAAGGGUGUUUUCAUUUUGGUAAAAUAGUGCCGCAUGUUUGUCAUCUGGUUCUCUUUAUCUCAAAGUUUCUGUUAUGUGUCAGCUCAGGACCGUAAAAAAAAAAAAAAAAAAAAAAA